CAUGGAGAAUAGUGAUCUCCCUAAAGCAUGGAGUAUAGACCCACGAGAACGAAUUAAGGCACUGAGCGAGCUCGCCUCAGGUAGUGUCAGCAUCAAUCAUGGCAUUCCUAUCAAGAGAUAUUACCGCUCAGGGGUGGAGCUCGAAAGAAUGGCAAAAGUGUAUGAGGACGAAAAGAAUCUGGAAAAAGGAUUCUUCUUGUACAUGAAAUACACAACAUUGUUUGUGGAGUGUCUACCAAAACAUCCCGAAUACAAAAGCCCACAAACUUCAAAUGAACGAAAAAUUGUCCGGGGUAAGCUGAAGACAAUAUUUGAUAGAGCUGAGAUCAUCAAGAAUAACCUUACCAUAAUUUAUGCGGGACAGCAUAAGAAAUGGAUUGUGGAGGAACAGAUUAGGCAAGCAGAGGCAGAACAAAAGAGGUUACAAAAAGAAGCACAAUUAGAAAAAGAGGCAGUUGCCGCAAAGCGAGCCGAGAUGGUGCGCCGUGAAACAGAACUAGCGCUCGAGUUGGAACAAAUUGAGAAACAAUUGGAAGAAACUCGAACUAUUGCCGUCAAAGCUAGUGAAAAACCCAUUGUUAUUCCUCCACCAAUGCAGAGGCAGCCCACCUACCCAAGCCUCCAAACAGCAGAGCCUUCACGUCCUGCACCUAGUAAUAACAACAGUGCUAGCAUUAUCAGCUUUAACGAAGCAUACAACAAUGCAAUAAGCCCUGCAGCUUCAGCACCUCUUAUCCUGCCCCCUCUGGAGUUACAGCACACUUUACCGCCCAGUGCGCCAAUACAGAUUAUAAGCGACACUGGUCCUUUCCCUUCAGUUGAUAGGUCGACAAAACCUGCUGUGCCUCAAAUUGACAGGUCCACGAAACCAGCCGCCCUAGCAGCUAGCGAUAUGUUCGCAGACAUGAUGAAGGAGGAUUCACAGCGCGAAGUUAUUGUGCCCACCUCGCUACCUGACAAAUUCCUGUCGGUCUGUCUUGACAAUACGCAGAAAAACAUUGAGACUUGUGGCAUUCUGGCUGCUAAACUGACAGCUAAUAAUUUUACAAUAACGCACGUGAUCUUACCAAAACAGCACGGAACACCUGACUCUUGUCAAACGCUUGCGGAGGAGGAACUGUUCGAGUAUCAGGACAAACUAGAUCUUAUAACUGUCGGAUGGAUACAUACUCACCCGACUCAAUCAGCAUUCCUUUCGAGUGUAGAUCUACACACACAUUGUUCUUAUCAGCUGAUGUUAAAGGAGGCUAUAGCUAUCGUGUGUGCGCCUAAACACAACAGUACAGGAAUAUUUUCACUGACGGACCCACACGGAAUGGAAUCUGUUAGCAGGUGUACAAAAUCAGGCUUUCAUCCCCACCCCACUAUCCCUGCAUUGUUCGAGGACUGUAAACACGUGAGAAUGGACAACAGUUUAACGGCUCAAGUUAUCGACCUUAGAUAAAAUAACAUGUAGUGUCACAGAGAUGUAUACUAUACUAUACAGAGAUGUAUACUAUACGAUAGAGGUAUACAAAGAGUAAAAUUGUUGAGCUAGCCAAGUUGAUUCUUGAUCGUGAACUGUCGCUGAGGUUUCAGUGUUACUAUAAAUCGUUUUGCGGUAAAAAAAGGGGCCGGUAUUUGCUAUUUAGAGGUAGCAUUUUGUGAUUGUGCGUUAUAAUUUCAACUUUUUUGCCAUUUCAAAUCACUUCAGUUAUUUGCCGAAUUUUCUAACAGAUCUUUCGUAGAAUUGUGAUUUAGUACGCAGUGUAAUUGUCUGUUUUAUGACACUUUUUUUCUUUUCAUAAAAGUAUGUGCUUUUGAUAUAUCUACAAAGAUUUGUCUUGGAUCUUGGAUCUCUUGAAACGUCUUUUGUGAUUUACUAUGUGAAUAUAAUAUAUUGAUAUUUUGGUAGGUUUUCUGAAAUAAAUCAGAAUAAGAGAAAUGCUUAUCAGAAAAGAGAUUAAAAAACGUGCUUUAUGAUGUAUGAACAUCUAAUGUGAAUAAUAAUUGUGAUUUAACUUUAUACGAUCUUUUACAUCUUCCAAAAACGAUCUUUAUACGGUUUGGGUUGUUGUUUUUUCUAAGGUGAUCAGACUUCAGUUUUAGAUUUACCUUUUAUCUAAAUUAUUGAAUAAUAAAAUUUGAUUAUUAUGUAGAAUUGUAGUUUAACUUUGCCGUGU